GUCAGCAGCUUUAACUCUGCAUCACUGACCACUGCCUACACAAGUGACUACAAAGUUAGCAUAGAAGCUUAUACUUUAAAUGUGUAUCCAUGGGGGGUAAAAAUAAACAACGUACAAAAGGAAAUGUUCGGCCGUCCAGUAGUGGCCGAGCUGCUGAGGUUCUUACCCGGGAAGGAGGCGUCAUCCCGGGCUUUGUGGGCUUCGACACAGCGCUGACUUCGGAGCUAAGUUAUGUUCCUGCUGUUCACGGAGCCGAGGAGAUAGACAACCUGGUAGAUGCUGACUUCAGACUGGUGCUCAGGAAACUCUCCAAGAGGGAUGGUGUCACCAGACUGAAAGCUGUGCAGGACUUUGGGUCCAUGUGUCAGGAACGGGAUGCUGAAGAGGUUAAGGGGGUCCUGCCAUACUGGCCAAGGAUUUACUGCAAGAUCUCAGUGGACCAUGACCGCAGGAUCAGAGAGGCCACCCAGCAGGCCUUCGAGCAGCUGGUGCUGAAAGUACGACGCAGCAUGGCGCCUUUUCUGAAGAGCUUGAUGGGCCACUGGAUUCUGUCCCAGUGUGACCCUCACACACCUGCAGCCUCCGCUGCCUGCCAGGCCUUCCAGGCUGCUUUCUCGCCCACCAAACAGCCAGAGGCUCUCAGCUUCUGCAAGGAUGAGAUCCUUAACGUACUUCAAGAUGUCUUGUUAAAGGAAACAGCAGAAACACUUAGUGAUCCACAAAGUGUGACCGAAGAGGAAAGAGAAGCUAAAUAUGUACGCAUGCUGACCAGUUCUCUGUUGGGAGUGAAGAGACUCCUCUCGCUGCUGCUCCAGAGUGACAGGACGGCCCUGGAGCAAAGACUAGCACAUCUUGUGAAUUCUGGGAAGUUCUGGAAGUACAGCAAACACAAGACACCACAGGUGCGAGGGGCAUUUUUCGAGAUGAUGUGCGCUCUGUGUGAGUUCACCCCGGGACUGGUCCAGGCCGAAGCAGCACGACUCUGCCCUGCUGUUCUCCUCAGCAUCGACGACACAGAUCCUGUAGUGCUGCCUCCAGUGUGGGAAGCCGUCCUUCACGUCGUGUCAACAGUCCCUGACUGCUGGUCACAUGUGAAUGCCAAGAAGGGCUUCUUACCUAAACUCUGGACUCAACUGAAAGAGGGAGGUAAAGGCAUGGCUAAAGCCCUCCAUCCUAACCUAAUGCCCCUCCUCAGCAAGCUGCCCCAAGAGGUCACUGAUCCCACCCUGGACUUCUACACUACCUUCUUCACUUCAUUCAUGCAAGGUCUGUCCAGUGAGCGUGCCCUCACAAGCCCAUCAGAAAGUGCUGUUAUAGUGACUUCUCUUGUCGAGUGCUUGAAGUAUUGCAUCGUGCACAAUACAGAAGAAGAGGAGCCCCAAAAAAUACGGACCAUGCUUAUUUCACAGCAGCUCCUCCCCCUGCUGGAAAAGGCUCUCGGUAACUCCUCCCUCCAGAACGGCCCUCUUUUCCUUUUGGUCACAGAAAUGCUUGUUUCCUGGGAGAAGAAGGCUGGUGUACAAGGAGCAGGUGAAGCAAAUGGCAGCAAGGAUGUCUUCAAAGGGCUCCUGGCAGACUUCUGGGAGGGGCUUGGUCUGAUAUUCGUGCGUUAUGUGGACAAUGAGGAAGCAGAUCCGCAAGCUUUGGAAGGGGUAGCCACCUUGCUGCAGGUGAUGCGUUACCCUGACAGAGUAAAAAGAAAGCACGCACAGAAGAAGAAAUCUGUCAAGAUCUGUUUCUCUAAGCCAGAGGACAACGAGAAAACUGGAGUGGACGGGGAUGCUGUGGAGAGGCCCUUACAGACGGAGCCUGCCUUGAAUGAGAGGGUCUGCUCUCCACAGACCCAGCAUUUUGAGGAUACCGUGUGCCAGCUGGCCCAGCUGUGCCUGGUGCAUGUGAAUGAGAAGAAGUCAGAAAAACAUCUUGUUUUCCUCUCCCUUCUCCUGCGGUCUUUCCACACUCCCAGGGUUUUCAGUACAUUGGUUGAGCUGGACGAUGAAGUAAAGGACGCUGUGCAUAAUGAAGUGGUGAAUAUUCAAAAUCCGGCGAUGCAGUUCCUGCUGGAGCAGGUGGUUGUUUGGCUGGCGGAGAAGGGACGUCUAGACACUGAGCAUCUGGUGGAGAUGGUCUUCAGCUCCCUCUACUGUUGCAGCUCGCAGGAGGCCACCCGCAUCCUCAACCACAUCACCACGAUGGAUUUACAGUGGGGAAUAAUCCUUCAAAUCAUACAAAGGGCAUGUGCAGACCCUGAGACUCUUAAGAGCUGCAGGGAUUGGCUGAGAGGUUCAGUUCUGGGUGAGCGGCUCCUGGGAUUGACUGAGGAGCUGUGCAAAGUUGGAAACAGCUCUGCCAGUUCUAGCUUUGCGAGCAGCCACAGUUGGACGCUUAUCAGCCUUGUUCUCUCUCAACACCACAACAAUGAGCCUCUUAUAGGUGAGGUAUACAUGGAGAAGAUCUUAGAGAAGCUCCAUGCCACGCUGUCUGAGGCAAAGAGUCUGUCGGAUGCAGGCAACAUGGAGCCACUCAUCUCGUUCAUCUGCGACGUGGCCUCCACCUUCUUCUCCUCUGUACAAGACUGUCUUCUGCUGCGCUCUGCGGAGGAACUCCUGUUCACCGUCUUCCAGUUCACCGCCAAAGAUCAAGCACACACUCACCUGUCUGAUGUACUUUUAGGUAAGCUGAGAAAAGUGUGUAUAUCCGGGGUCCAAUCGUUGACCCAACAACCUGAUUAUGAGUUUGAAGAAGAAGGUUUCCUGCACAGGGCAGCCCAUUGGGUGACAAACCAACUACUCACUGUCUCAAGCAUAAAAAGUUUGCAGGUUCUGGUCCUGGCUGUGCAGAGCUUAAUGGAGGCAAUGAUCUCUGCUUGCGAUCGAGACUCCCCCCUCCUCGCCCACUUCUUUACUGCACUGAUGCCAAGCCAGACAGAAUGGACAAGAAUCAGACAGGCGUUACCUCCUCAGUGGAUCAAAACUCCCUUACUGUCUGGUCAGUACAGAGGAGUUUUUGAAAAACCCACCAUGGACAUGUGGAAGUCAAGGCUGUCAACUAAGCUGCCGGCCCACCUGUGCGUGUGUGCCCUGCUGGGGAGGGUUGCUCGUACUGUGGCUGGUGACCAAGAAGAGGCAGAAUGCUCGUCACAUCUGCCAAACCUCAAGAACACAGCUUCAGAGCUGUUGUAUGCCCUGCAGUGGUGUAAGGAGGCAGAGUACGGCCCUGCCUUGGUGUCUACCUACCACAGUCUGCUGGGUGACUGGGGGCUGUCAGAGGGACUCCACAGCCUUGUUCCAAUGAAAGAACUGCUGGAGACUAUUUACCUGAGAUCAGUUGAGUGUGGAGGUCUUUGGUCUCUGACCCUUGAAAACUACAUCCAAACCAACAACUUGGCGGCCACUCACACUUCCACUGUGAGGAAGCUUUACGGCAGUGCAGACAGCUUGUUCCCAGUGUCCCAGAGCAAACUGAGCACGCUCCAGGUGCUCUGCCCGACCAUGACUAAGGAGGACAGAGACUCUCUCGUCGCUCUGUCUACUGCUGGCAUAAUCAAUUGGCAGGAGAAUGACGAUGUGUACGGGAGUCUGGCGGUCCUGAUGUGCUGUCUGAAAGCUGACACACAUAUAGAGGAGGAGGUUGUUCUGGCGAUCCUCGCCACCAUGAUGGAGUGGCGGAACAGCAAGGAGGACUGGUUCCUCUUUGCCAGUGAUCUGUCGAAAGCAACUGCAGACCAGUUAAACGUCACAGUGGAGAUGAUGCGUUUCCUGUCCUGGCUGGUGGCUCGUUGCCCCACAGUUCUCGGAGGCGGCCAGUGGGACUUCUUGCUCUGCUCUAUGUUAGCCUGGUUGGAGACUGCCAGUGAGAACGUGAGCAGUCUCUGGAACCCAUGGGUGCAGCUGUUUGUGUGUGAGAAUGCUACAUUGAUAGUGAAGCUGAACCACUUCUUCACAUCGUCUUCGCCUGAGGUACUGGAGAAGCUGCCAGCAGAACUGGCUGCUGAAUGGAAAGACUUCUUUGUUGAAGGGAUCUACAACCUGCUGCUGGCUCUGCCUAUCAGUAUCACAGAUACCUUUACUGAACCGGAUGACCCCGUGUUUCCUUUGGCGGUGCUGCAGUCAGUUGGUGCAGCUCUGACAUAUGUUCCUGUGCAGCAGCUGACACAGAACUCACUACCCCCAAAGUUCAUAGCGGACCAGAAAACAAACCUGCCAGAGCCCCUCCAGACGCUCCUCAACACCUUCUGCCCUCUGCUGCUGUUUAAGGCCAGGCCUCUGCAGAUCACAGUCUACCACUUGUUAGAAAAGGUGAUGCCUCAGCUGCCCGAGUGUGAUGGAGAAGGAGACACCAGCAAGUCAGAGGAUGAUAGAGACGAGCCAUGUCUCUCUCCUCCAGCAUCUCUGAUGGCCAUUCUGUCAACCUGUGAGGAGCUGUGUGAUAGCAUCCUGGUGGGCGUCCAAGUAGGAGAGUUUGCAGAUGUUCAGCCGCUCAGUGUGGAGUACUCCUGCAUCCUCGGCUACUUACUGGCCUGGAAGUUGCUCCUCACUUUUUUCAAAUCCUCACCCUCCCAUCUGCGUGCCCAUUAUGCCCAGUAUCUCAAGAGAAGCUGCUCCCUUAACAAGCUCCUCCUUCACCUUUUCAAACUGAUGCCUGAAAGCCCAAACUACCCACUCCAGGGGGCAGAGACAAAGGAGUCCAAAACCUUCUUUACAGAGAGCCUGUCUCUGGCAGUUGACAAGAGCAACAGUAUUGAGUGGGAGCUCCCGCAUCUGGCCUGCAGUGUGUACUACAGCACGGUGCAGGACCUGCCGGCCAUGGUACGUCUGUGGUGGAACAGCCAGGAGAAGAGAGUGAGCGCCGCUGUGGAGAAGUUCACGACUAAAUACGUCAGUCCUGUCCUAUCAGCGCAGGAGAUCUCAUCUGUCCACUCCAGCACUCAAAUGUUUGAAAGCAUGACAGUGAAAGCCCGCUCAGCAGCACGGGAGGUGAUUGCUACCUAUUCUGUGGAUGACAUCUUCAUCGAGUUGGUGAUUCAGUUGCCGCAAAACCACCCUCUAGGCUCCAUCACUGUCGAGAGUGGGCGGCGCGUUGGCGUUGCCGUACAGCAGUGGAGGAACUGGAUGUUGCAACUGAGCACCUACCUCACACAUCAGAAUGGCAGUAUUAUGGAGGGGCUGGCUCUGUGGAAGAACAACGUGGAUAAGCGCUUUGAGGGAAUAGAGGAUUGUAUGAUCUGUUUCUCCGUUAUUCACGGCUCCAACUACUCCCUGCCCAAAAAGGGCUGCCGCACCUGCAAAAAGAAAUUCCACUCAGCGUGUCUGUAUAAAUGGUUCACUUCCAGCAACAAGUCCACCUGCCCGCUGUGCAGAGAAACCUUCUUCUAACACACUUCAAUAAAGACUGCUGUUGUAAAUGCAUGAACAAGGUUAGAAAGGAACUCUUUUAUGAAAAGGUAUUGAUGGAAAUCAUUGUCAGAGGUUUGCUUUAGAGGACAUGGACGGCAUUACUGGGUUAAGAAAAUCAUUCUCACUGGCAGUCUGAACUCAAAUACGGGAACAUUAAGUGAAGAUUGUUUUCUGGGUGACUGUUGUGUUUAUAUGAUUAGUCAUGUGAUUUAGCUGAUGACGAUUUCUUCAAUCCACUGCUUUAGUGGACUGUAUAUGUGCAGCAUCAGAAACUCCAUUCUGAGGUUCAUCUGUAAUUAUUGAGUUUGACUUUUGAUUUUUAAAGACCAGAUUUUUUUAUUUCUAAAAAUGGAAGUGUUCGAUGAUGCUGAAUCACAGAGAUGGAAAACCAAAGUGUGCCAGUUGCUUUAGGUGAAGGAUUUGCACCUGCUGCAAAGAGUCAAUUUAUAGACUCACUGAUAAAAUACCACAUUAUUAUUGCAAUAACCAGGACAGGUUCCACAAAUAUUUCCUAAUAUUUAGGAGUGUAAAGGGAGGAUGUCUUAUUGAUGGUGAGGCCUUGUGCCAUCAUGAAAGGGCAAGAUCACCUGUGCAAAGCAGGAGAGGAAGCUGCUUUAGGUUUUAUAUUUGAAAAUGCCUAUGCUCACAUCUAUCAACACCUUUUGAUUUGUGACCUUCCCCCGGUGCCUGCAACUGUAAAUGAUGCUGGAAAAGUAAAUAAAAUACAUUUCAAUCAAC